AUGGAAGAGCAGGGGUAAGUGCAUGUGAUGCGGCGGACUUCUCUUACAGCUCUCAUGUGUCAUCGAUUGGUUGCUCUGUUUUGUUCCAGUCUGGUUAUAUGGACAGCAUCUAUUGUUCUGAUGGAAGUGGUCGUCAUCAUUAAUUGGAGCCGCACACUCAACGCCCUCAUAGUCAUUAUUGUGGCCGCACUCAACAUUGUCCACUACAUCAACAUACUUUUGCUUGUUGUCCCUCAAUUCCGACGCUCACUGGUAUAUGCGGCAUACCAGUAUGCUUACGGUGGUAAGACAGGAGAUCUGAUGAAGAAAAAGGAGAUGCAUCAAGAUGUGUCUAUCGCAUGCAUGCGUGUAGCCGUUGAUGGCGUUCUCUGCUGUCGUGCUGGCAUUAUUUACCUACUGUUGAAGUGGCCGUGGACGUAUCUAAUUGGCAGAGACGCGAAGUGUCGCGAAGGUGUGCCGAGGGUGUUUAUCAACUAUACCACCGGAUACCUUGACCUCCGCCAGGGCCGCAACAGAAUGAACACACGCACGUAAUACCAUACGUAGAGACAGAGAUCCGCUACACAAACACUCGGAUGCCUACCUUAUAUUACUCUUUUCACUUUUGUGGUAGAAUAUCGUGUUGCCCUCUGAGCGUUGAGGCGAUGCUGAAGAGUCUCUCACUAGGCGGCAGGGCCGCUGAAGUGGGAGUAGGAGUAGGAGUCAUGCGGAUGACUGCACAUGCCAUGCAGGAUGCCAUUGAGCUACUGCAGAUACACGAAAUACCCCCAGGUAGGUAUGGAGGGUAGAAAAUCGAAGGAAGCUAGGUUUCUUCUUUCUCUGGCUGUAGAUCUGUCAGAGUUCUUUUGGAGCCAGGCUUUUUUGUUCCACGCAUUGCGUAUGAAAAUCGUGAAGGACCGAGAGGACCCUACAAGUGAGUGAGCUAGAAUACGCAAGUAAAAGGGUGAGAGUCAUCUCUUCUGUUUACAGAGGACCGAAUGAUUGUCAUGCCACACCCUAUCGAGGACAGCAAACAAGUAACGGACUUCCACAGACACGAAGAAGCCCACGCAAGUGACCAAAUGUAUCUCACGUGUUUCGCUUUUCUAUAGGGUUUCCGUCAGAUGAGCAUUGAAGAGACGUCUCAGGCGAUGAAAGAGGAGGCGGUCAAACAGGCCUCUCUGCUCCUCCAGGUCAAGGCAGCCAAGGCAGCAGAGAGCCAUGGAGAACGCUCAUUGCACAAUGCCGGCCGAAUUGUAUCUCCCGUCGACCUCCCCGAUGGAUCGACGGACAGCACAGCCUACCAGGCGGCAGCCGAAGGGCAGUGCAGAACAAGGUCAGGCAUGGGCUUGAAACAACGCAUGUCAGUUGUUGGUUAUCUGCAUGUAUGAACAAUGGUAGGCCCAUUAUUGUUGGCGUCCCGCUUGAUGACUUCGAGGCAAGCAAACAGAAUGAGGCGCCUCUUAGGGAUGAAUGGCUCCUUGCCUUCUUCCCUUUUAGUUGAAUCUAUCUUAUGUGGUUGACGAGCUCGUCACUCGGCAGCAGCAGCACGAGGAGACACUGCGGGGCCAAAGAUUGCUCGCCACGACGGAGGGGGUCGCCAGAGAAGACGAUGGGAAGCCGGGCGGCUGGAUGGGCCUCUACUUGGCCUUCAGACAGGCCAAACAGAAACUGAUCCAAACUGGAACUGACCCGGUGAUAGACACACAAUGCGAUCGCGUUGAAAGACCGAUGCACUCUUGUCAUCUGUUCGUCUUCUCUUGGCGUGUAGGAGGAUGUGCCUGCUGCAUUGGCCACUUAUGCGUCUCAGAAGGACUACAUCCCCCUCUCCUCCCCUCAUGACGUGUCCCAGCCUCGACCAUCGGCCUCCAACGCCAGCAUCACAUCUGAGGGCUCGCCAUCGAUGCCCCGCUGCUCGUCUCCCUCGAUGCAACACCACCCCUUCUCCAGCAUGCGACUGCAGGCCAUCCCUCAGCCAUCUGACGAUAUUGGAUCGGGCCGGCAGAGAGGCAGCCCUCCGAGAACAUCCAGCAGUAUGUUCGAGUCGAGGGACUUUAAGAAUUUCGCAGAGGCCGUCUAUCGCGACAUCGCAGGGCCCGUUACGAUCCGCAGGACGAUAAGGCGAAGCAAGAGCAAGCCGAACUGGGGUGACUGA